CUUCUGUUCUCAGCGAUGGCGUCUGCUGAUCUGGGGAAGGAGUUGGAAUGUUCCGUCUGCCUGGACUUUUAUACAGAUCCUGUAACCCUGAAAUGUGGGCACAACUACUGCCGGAACUGUAUUGAUGGUGUGCUGGAUACACAGAAGGAGUAUGGAGUUUUUUCUUGUCCUGAAUGCAGAGAAGAGUUCCGGGAGCGGCCUGCACUGCACAGGAACAUCACACUGCGUAACAUUGUGGAGAAUUUCCUGUCUGCUGAGACAGAUCUGGGGAAGACCGGGAUCUUCUGUACUUACUGUAUUCACACUCCUGUACCUGCUGUGAAAUCCUGUCUGCUGUGUGAAGCUUCUCUGUGUGACAACCACCUGAGAGUCCACAGCAAGUCACCAGAACACGUCUUAUGUGACCCCACCACUUCCCUGAAGAAAAGGAAAUGUUUUGUCCAUGAGAAGAUAUUGGAGUAUUACUGCACUGAGGACUCUGCCUGUAUCUGUGCGUCCUGCAUGGCUGAAGGACACCAGGGACACUGGUUGGAGACUCUGGAUGAGGCCUCUGAGAAGAAGAAGCAGCAGCUGAGAAACGUUCUGCAGAAACUGAUGGCAGAGAGAGAAGCGACGGAGAAAAAACUCCAGGUUUUCCAGAAAAACAGGGGAAAUAUACAAGGAAAAGCAGCUGCCGAAACAAAGAGAAUCACUGCUCUGUUUAGAAACCUCAAGAAACGUUUGAAAGGCCUGGAGAAAAAAGUCCUGUAUGAGGUCUCCGGGCAGGCAGAGCAGAUCUCACUAUCAUUGUCUGGUCUGAUCCAUCAGCUGGAAAUAAAGAAGGACGAGCUGUUCAGGAAGAUGCGUCACAUUGAGGAGCUGUGUAACAUGACGGAUCCACUGACUGUCUUACAGGAAUCAGACACAGAUGACUUGUGUGAUACUGAGGAUGGAGAUGAUGAGGACAGAGAGAGACAUGAUAGACUCCUCCAUGAUGGAGGGGAUCUGGAUGUGGCUGUGAUCUCACACAUGUUGAACACAGGUUUAUCUUAUGUAAUGUCUGGGAUAAAUCAAACAUCGAGGCUGUUAGAAGUUACAGACAUAUUACUGGAUGUGAACACAGCUAGUAAUAGGCUUCAUAUAUCUGAUGACAGGAAAACUGCAUUCUGCAUAGAUUAUAAACCGAAUCGUCCAGAAGGACCAGAGAGAUUUCAGGAGUAUCCUCAGGUGUUGAGCAGUCGGAGUUUCUCCUCAGGGCGACAUUACUGGGAAGUGGAUGUCGGGGGAUCGGGUGACUGGAUAGUCGGGAUGUGUUACCCCAGUAUAGAGAGGAGAGGAGAGAAGUCACUGAUUGGAGGUAAUAAUAAGUCCUGGUGUGUGGAGAGGUGGGGGUGGGGUGAUCAGUACUCAGUGAUACAUGACAGAAAGAAGAUCACGUUACCCGGCAAAGUCUCCAGUAACAGAGUCAGGAUAGAUCUGGAUUAUGAGGCCGGGCGGAUCUCCUUUUAUGAUCUGUGUGACCCGAUCCGACACCUCCACACCUUCACCACCACCACCUUCACUGAGCCCCUCCAUGCUAUGUUAUAUUUAGGGGAUGGUUGUAUAAAGAUAUCUGAGGGAAAGACGUUGUAA